AUGAACAACCUCAAGAAUGGCCUGACCGUAGAUCGUGACGUUGAUGACUUGGUUCAUCGCCCACCUCCAACCUCUCAGGAGAGUUACUAUUAUUCACAACAAAAUCACCAUUCCGAUGCACUAUACUACAACCAUGGAAAUCGACCAUUUCAACAAUACGGAUCUUCUCUUCACGAACAAAUUUACCAGAGGGAAAACAAUUCGCAUGUGUAUACUACUCAUUUAACACCAAAUGGUGAUAAAUCCAUACACUCUUCCAUAUCAAACUUUCCAAAACCUUCACUUUCACCAACUAAUUCUACAAGUCCAACACGUUCAUUAUCACCACAAUCAUCACAAUCUCAAAUAAAUGUAUCAAAUAAGCAGUUUCAAUACAAAGUAGAACAGCAGAAUAACUAUGUUACUCAACCGUUGGUACAAAAACCAACCAAUUUAAAUACUCAGAAUUUGCCAAUCAACAUGGAAUAUCAAAGGUCUCCUGUACAAUAUUCAAAUCAUGCUGCACCUCAAUGGCCACACUCGCCGCAAUCUCAAAUAAAUAUAUCAAAUAAGCAGUUUCAAUACAAAAUAGAUCAGCAGAAUAACUUUGUUACUCAACCGUUGGUACAAAAACCAACUAAUUUAAAUACUCAGAAUCUGCCAAUCAACAUGGAAUAUCAAAGGUCUCCUGUACAAUAUUCAAAUAAUGCUGCACCUCAAUGGCCACACCCACCACACUCUCGGCACCAAAAUUCUCCAUCUCAACAUUUUAAACGUCAAAACUCUUCUGAUUCUUCAAAUUCUCAGGGUUACUCUCCUGAAAUUCCCUCAACUCCAACUUUCAGAAGACAAAACUCUGCUGACUCUUCAAAUACUCAGGGUUACUCUCCUGAAAUCCCCUCAACUCCAACUUUUAGAAGACAAAACUCUGUUGAAUCUUCAAAUACUCAGGGUUACUCUCCUGAAAUCCCCUCAACUCCUACUUUCAGAAGACAAAAUUUUACUGAACCUUCAAAUACUCAGAAUUGUCAGGGCUACCUUCCUGAAAUUACAUUAACUCCAACUUUCAAGCGGCAAGAUUCGUCUGAUUAUUCAAGUACCCCAAAUUCUCAUGGACACACUCUAAGAUCUGUCCCAGAACCUCAAUGCCAAUCAAAAUUAAUGCAUAGGGUGAAAAGCCUGCGUUCUGCAACUUCUUCGCCGCAAAACGUUGGUGGGUUAGAAUCUAUGAGGCAACCGACUACUAUUGAUGAUUAUGUAUCACAAGCGAUUAGAUAUCAUGAAAAUGAUCAACUUGAAAAAUCUACAGAAUAUUUUCAUAUUGCUGCUAAACAAAACAAUACUAUAGGAAUGAUUUUUUAUGGUCUUGCUCUUAGACAUGGAUGGGGAUGCAAAACUGAUACAGCAAGAGCAUUUAAAUAUUUACAAAAGGCGGCUGGUUCUGCGUCAGAAAUGCUAAAAAACAUUGAUGAUAAGGCUAAUUCGCAGAUACUUAAAACUGGUCUGGUAUUGGCCAUUUAUGAAUUGGGUAUGUGCUAUAAGCAUGGUUGGGGUGUUCCAAAAGAUAAGGCUAGGGCUGCUCAUUAUUAUAAGAUGGCUGCUGAUCAGGGUGAUCCGGAUGCACAAAAUGAUAUCGCCCAUUGUUAUUAUAAGGGUGAAGGUGUGAAAAAAGAUAUGAAAACUGGUAUGUUUAUGUGUUAA